GCGAUGGAAGAUGAAAAUGAAAAGAAGAAGAUGAAAGUAUAUCAUGAAAGACAAAAAUUACAAUUUUGUCUUUUACACGCUCUCAAUAAUCUUUUCCAGGAAAAGAAUGCAUUUACACGCAAAGAUUUGGAUCAGAUAGCGGAAAAGCUAGUUCUAGAAGACCCAUACAAAGGCAACUGGACACCGCUUUCAGUUAUCUUCAAGCCUCAUCAUAAUUCACUAACAGGUAAUUACGAUAUUAAUGUGUUAAUUUCUGCGGUUGAAGGGAAGGGGAAGAGGGUAGUUUGGCAUGAUAGGAGAAACAAAGCAGCUUCCAUUGAUCUCGAUGAAAAUGAAGGUAAGUUAAUGGGAAUCGUGUUAAAUGUUCCUGUGAAAAGGUACGCUGGAAUUUGGAAGGGUAGACAUUGGGUUUCCUUGAGAAGGAUUAAUGGGGUUUGGUAUAAUUUGGAUAGUGACUUUGCAUCUCCUUACUCGUUUGGAAGUAUCGAAGAAUUUAGGGAUUUCUUAGAUAGCGCCAUUGAUAUUGGUACUGAAAUACUACUUGUAAAGGAUUCUGAAUAGUUUGCUGAGAUAGGGGUUGGUUUUAUUCAGGCACUGUUAUACUGGUUGCAGCAAUUUGUAGUUACAAAGUGAUGAAGUUUUUUUUUUUCUCAAUGUUUUACACGUUUCAAGGCUUCUUUUGUAAGUUUGGUUAAAUACAAGAGUGUUUGUAUGUAUUCUGUCAUUUAAUAUCAAAGAACUUCGGUUCUGCGUA